GGUUGUUUCAGUCAGCGGUUUGUGUUAAUUUUUUGAGAAACAAAUGUUUUUUGAAUAAUUUGUCGCUACAAACUCUGAUAAUCUUUACAAAAAGCUUCACCAUGGAUGACCAAGCAUGCCCCCGCUGUAAAACCACGAAAUAUAGAAAUCCCUCUUUAAAGUUGAUGGUAAACGUGUGCGGUCAUGCCUUGUGUGAAAGUUGUGUCGAUUUGCUGUUUUUAAAAGGAUCGGGAUCAUGCCCAGAAUGUAAUGUGCCUCUUCGGAGGAGCAACUUCAGAGUCCAAUUAUUCGAAGAUGCUAUGGUAGAGAAGGAAAUAGACAUACGGAAGCGUGUUCUUAAAGAUUACAAUAAAAAGGAGGAAGACUUUGCCACGUUACGAGAAUACAAUGACUAUUUAGAAGAAAUUGAAACUAUAAUAUAUAAUCUGACGAAUAAUAUUGAUAUAGUUGGCACUAAUAAGAGGAUUGAACAGUAUAAGAAGGAAAAUAAAGAAUUGAUACAGAAGAAUAAGGUUAAAAUAGGAAGAGAAGAAUUAGAGUUAGAAGAGAUACUAGAGAUAGAGAAGCAGAUGGAAGACCUAAGAAGAUCAGAAGCAGCCCGUAUAGAGCAGGAAGCUAAGAAGCAAAAGAUUCGGGAGAAGGAAGCGUUGAUUGAUGAGUUAAUGUUUGCUGAGGGUGAUGCCAAAGAUAUACUGACCACAUUUGCUCAAAACAUUGCCAACAAACAAGAAGAAGCUUUGCCUGUUGUGCCGAAGGUGACACAGUUCUCAACGGGCGUGAAGUUCACGCGAGGCAGCAACCAUACAAUGUUACCGGUCAUUGAAGAGGGCCCAUUGUACAAGUAUGAGCCACCGGUUGUACCGGACUGGAUAGGACCAGACCCACCCACUCUGGAUGAUAUUGUUAACAAUGGGUAUUUGCAGCAUGUCAGAACAGAGACAGAAACAGAGAAAGCGGGUGGUUACUCAGCCACUCUGCCGUGCCUGCGCGCCCUGCAAGACGCACUCGCUGGCCUCUACCACGCCAGCUGACGAAAACCACCAAAAGUGGUGGAAACCGUCAUCAUAUUAGACUAACAGCACUAACACUGUCAAGUUGUCACCAUUACUACUUCGUACAAGGGUCGUUCUUCUUUUUUAUCGACAAUAAAAAGACAUUUUCUCGAUUUAUCGGAUUUAACAUCUUUAAAAUUAUAACGGCAAUAAAUAUUUUAAAACAUCAUAUAAAGAUGUGUCUGUAGAGGACUAUUUAGUGGUUCUCUUUAUCUUGGUAACAUACUUUUCUUUGCAGGCGCAUUCCAAAAAAUAUUGUGACAGAGUGGCCCUUUUCAUCGGAGACAGCAUUUCAAUUUACCACUCUGUCACAGAAUUUUGUGAAAAACGAUCAAGCUACGUUAAUAACUAAUUGAGGAACCGAUUAGUAUUUUGCUUGUAUUUUGAGUAUAAUAAGAUAACUAUAUUUUUGGACAAUCAAAACAUGAAAUAAAAUUCUAAAACAUAACUUAUCAGAAGCAGAACGAAGGACAGAUCAUUGUCGAUAAAAAAGAAGAACGACCCACAAAACCACGCCAAAAAAUUAAAAAUAAUAUGUAAUUGCUAUGGAACUGAAUAAGUGUAAAAAAAAAUGUAAUAAAUAGUGGUGUUCUGAGUUUCGAUUUUUGAAUUAAGUGUAAAAUGAAGAUGACAUUCAAAAUAAUCAAGGAGUUGUUUCGGUCUAAUAUUUGAUCUGUACGCAGAUUCUGCAUAGAAUUAUUAUAACUUGUAAAUUAGUUUCAUUUAAAUCCGUCGACUUCUUUAGUUUAUCCUUAGACUUGGUUUUGUAAUAACAAUGAAAACCGUUAGAUGUCUAGAACUGAUUGGCUGAGAGUUUCGCUUAAGAAAUUAGGAGUUUCAUCUUUUCAUGUAUUUUGAAAGUAAUCUUCAUUACUUACUACUGUAUUGUGUUACAGUGUAAUAAAAUUUGAAGUUGCAUGAUAAAAUUAGUUACAUUAAAUAAUAAUGAAACAUAUCCAGUUGAUUGUUAUCAUUGUUUCGAAUUGUUUUUGUUCUAGAAACAAAAUAGGCAGCAUUUAAUUGUUCAUUUAUACUGUCUUGUUUUCUUUUUACGGGUACCUCUAAUUAUUUAAACAGUUUUUUUGUCCAAAAUAGUGUUCGUGAAUGAUUUCACGAGUAUGUUGUGAUAAAUUUCCCAUGUGAUGGCAUUUUGUUACUGUUCUGUUUGUUUUCUUAUUUUUGUAAAUAUAAUAGUAAGAUGUGUUUUAAACUAAGCUAGAAAUAUGUGUCUAUUUGUUACAUUUUAUGGCAUGUAAGAGUCUUGAAGUAGUGAAAAGUAUUUACUAUGUUUAGGUGAAAAACUUUGUCUCGUGAUAACUACUGCCUGUAUUAUAUUUCUGGUUUAUUUAUAAAUAACUUAUUAUUGAAAUAGAAUUAAUUACAACGAAGUUCGAUGUUCGUCUAAAAAAUAAAAGUGUUGAAGUGGC